AGAGACAAACCCAGCGGGCAGCGAGCGGAGCGGGCCGGGCGCCUGGGGCUUCCGGGCGGGGGCUCAGGGCAGCGGCGGCCGCCAUCGCCAGAGGGAGCCCCGAGCGGGCGGCGGCGCUGCCUCCGGGACCCCCGGGGGGCACAGGGCCCCGCUCCGCCUCCCCUCACCCCCGCCGCCCCCCGCCUUCCCCUCCUCGCCCCCCCGGCUUCCCACCACGGCCGCUCUCGGCGAGGAAACUCUGGCCUCCGCUUCCUCCUCCUCCGACUCGGACACCGGCGGAGCCUCCCCGCCCCCGCGGAAGAAAGCCCGGGCCUCCCCGGCGGCGGCGGUGGAGGGAGCAGGAGAGCCCGGGGCUUCCGCGGGCAGAGCAGGCCUCACCUCGUCCCAGUCCCCCUCGCUCCCCGCCGGGCUCGCCCCCGCCGCCGCCCCGCUCAGAGGCAGCAGCAGCAGCGGCGGCGUCUGCAGCGCCAUGCAGGCCAACGGGGCAGGAGGGGGCCAGCAGCAGCAGCAGCCGCCGCAGGGGCCGGCGGGCCCGGAGCUAGGCUGCCUGGGCGCCCAGAACGGCGAGGCCUCGGCGGGCACGGCCGCCGGCGAUCAGCUGGCCCACGCCAACGGGCUGCUGCCCUCGACCAACAGUGGCGGCGGCAGCCCCGGCGGCCUCAGUGUCAACAACGGGGUGCCCGCCGCCGGGGGCCCCGGCCCGGCCGCCGCGGAGCUGGGGGGCGGCGGCGGCGGCGGCAGCGCCCUGAAGAAGAAGAAGCGGCUCUCGCAGUCCGACGAGGACGUGAUCCGGCUGAUCGGGCAGCACCUCCACGGCCUGGGCCUCAACCAGACUGUUGAUCUUCUCAUGCAAGAGUCAGGAUGUCGUUUAGAACAUCCUUCUGCUACCAAAUUCCGCAAUCAUGUCAUGGAAGGAGAAUGGGAUAAGGCUGAGAACGACCUGAAUGAACUUAAGGCCUUAGUGCAUUCUCCGCAUGCAAUUGUGAGGAUGAAGUUUUUGCUGCUACAGCAGAAGUACCUGGAAUACCUGGAGGAUGGCAAGGUCCUGGAGGCACUUCAAGUUCUACGCUGUGAACUGACGCCUCUGAAAUAUAAUACAGAACGCAUUCAUGUCCUCAGUGGGUAUCUGAUGUGUAGCCAUGCAGAAGACUUGCGUGCAAAAGCAGAGUGGGAAGGGAAAGGAACAGCUUCCAGAUCUAAACUUUUGGACAAACUCCAGACGUACCUACCCCCAUCAGUGAUGCUUCCUCCAAGGCGUUUACAGAACCUGCUACGUCAGGCUGUGGAACUACAACGGGACCGGUGCCUAUAUCAUAAUACCAAACUAGAUAGUAAUCUAGAUUCUGUCUCGCUGCUAAUAGAUCACGUUUGUAGUAGGGAUCUGAGAUCAGUAUGUGGUGCGCUGUACAUGCUGCCAUGCUUGGGCUUAAUGAGGAAACAGUUCCCAUGCUAUACACAGCAGAUACUAACGGAGCACUGUAAUGAAGUAUGGUUCUGUAAAUUCUCCAAUGACGGCACUAAACUAGCAACAGGAUCUAAGGACACAACUGUUAUUAUAUGGCAGGUUGAUCCAGAUACUCACCAGCUAAAACUACUCAAGACGUUAGAAGGUCAUGCGUAUGGGGUCUCUUACAUUGCUUGGAGUCCAGAUGACAACUAUCUUGUUGCCUGUGGCCCAGAUGAUUGUUCUGAGCUUUGGCUCUGGAAUGUACAAACUGGGGAGCUGAGGACAAAGAUGAGCCAGUCUCAUGAAGACAGUUUAACAAGUGUGGCCUGGAAUCCUGAUGGGAAGCGUUUUGUAACAGGAGGUCAGCGUGGACAGUUCUAUCAGUGUGAUUUAGAUGGUAAUCUCCUUGACUCCUGGGAAGGGGUGAGAGUACAAUGCCUUUGGUGCUUGAGCGAUGGGAAAACUGUUCUAGCAUCGGACACACACCAGCGAAUUCGGGGUUAUAACUUUGAGGAUCUUACAGACAGGAACAUAGUACAAGAAGAUCACCCUAUUAUGUCGUUUACUAUUUCAAAAAAUGGCCGUUUAGCUUUGUUAAAUGUAGCAACUCAGGGAGUUCACUUAUGGGACUUACAAGACAGAGUUUUAGUGAGAAAGUAUCAAGGUGUUACACAAGGAUUUUACACAAUUCACUCGUGUUUUGGAGGUCAUAAUGAAGAUUUCAUUGCGAGUGGCAGCGAAGAUCACAAAGUAUAUAUUUGGCACAAGCGUAGUGAGCUGCCAAUUGCGGAGCUGACAGGGCACACGCGUACUGUUAAUUGUGUGAGCUGGAACCCGCAGAUUCCAUCCAUGAUGGCCAGCGCCUCUGAUGAUGGCACUGUUAGAAUAUGGGGACCAGCACCUUUCGUAGACAACCAGGAUAUUGAAGGACCUUGUGGAUACCAGGUGUGGACACGAGUUCAAGGGGAACCUGGACAAAAGGAAUGCAGUAGCAUGGAUAGUUGAUGGCGAAUUUGGAGCAGACGACUUCAGUUUAACUUAAUUAGUCGUAUUUUAAAUGGCUUGGGAUUUGGUGCAAACAAACAUGAUUGAUAGCUGGACAGACAUGCUCGUCAUGAAAAAGAACCAUUUCUGAAGCCCGGUUGGGGCCAAACAUUUACCACCUUGCUUCAUAGUAACCAGUCGAGAUGAAGCACGUCGUUAGAACGUUGUUGGACACCGUGUUGAAAUUACCCCCCCCAUCGGUUGUGAAGAACUGUGCUACAUUCAGGCUAACCAUUGAACUCAGUAUAUAUAUUUUUCCCUCCUGCCUUUUUGUCUGGCAGGCUACUGUUCUUGUUGCUCUUCUGUGUAAUGAAGUUUAAAUGCUUGUUUGGAACACUUUAUUUAACAGUUUAGAAGGCUUGAUAGAAAGAGUGCUUUAGUCUGAAGAGUAUACAUUGGAUAGGAAAGUAUUUCCUUCUCUUGUUUCUCAAGUCUCUCUCCGCCUUACUUAGCUUGAGAUCUUUGCAGCUUGGUUCAUGGAUUCUAGCCUUGCCCGUUGCGCAGUAUAUAUAAAUUGAGAUGAUAAACCAAUGAACUAUGUCAAAAGCACUCUCAGUAUCACAUUUGACAAAAAGUUUUGUACUUUUCACAUAGCUCGUUGCCCUGCAAAGGGGUUAACAGCACAAUUUUUUAAAAAUAAAUUAUUUAUAGGAUUAAAAUGACUUCAUUUGUAUACAUUUGGAAUUAAAACAAUGCAAGAAGUGUCAUGAAACACGGUAUCACUGAUGCUCUUCUGAAGUGUCUUGAGACCCAAUCAAAAGCAGUGGCUGGAAGGAGCCUUAUGUAGGCAGUGAAGCUUGUUUUAGAAGGAGAAACUCACUGUCCAUCCUUACAGAUAUUUAGGAAAAAAAAGCUUUCAGAGUGCACCACCAGACUAAGAGUUUAAACAAGACAAGGUCUUUUUGGUUUUAAUGAAAUAAAUAUAUGCAAUGAUGCUGGUAAAAGGUAGACUACACCUUGAGGGAAGAAUGUGUUGAAUCCUUUCUUCACAAAGUCAACAUUUUGUAAAAGUAAUUAACAUACAAAUCAUAAUUAAACACUUGUAUUAUGAUGGAAAUUUCUCUUGGUUUGAUAAACAAAGGUGUAUAGAUCUUUCUUUUUGAGAAUAUGCUUUUAAAUUUGCAGAUUUAAAUGCCUCUCCCAGACCUUGUUGUGAACUGGUGCUGUGAAUAUCUUGACACAUCCAGGAAUAGUUCCACUAAUAUCCCAUCUUAAGAGAAGGACGUUUAUAAUUAAGUAUUUAUUCUUUUUGACGUAAACAGAUGGCCUGGCAUCUCUGUGCUUCUGCACUACCCACAAAUUCAUUAUGGGAUGGCACUGGAUUCCCUUUUGCCACUUUGGGUAGGAAGGUAGUGUUGGUACUGCUGUGAAGUAAAGAGGGAACAGGGAAAGGCAUGCCACCAAGAACGUGAACAUAAGUGUGGACUUCAUCCUUUAAUGAGAUAAUCUAGUGUCCUUAUUAGUCAUGUGUGCAAGAAGGGUGGGGGAAGGUUUGCUGGAGUUCCUGGGAAGAGAAGUGUAGCCACUUUGAUGAAUGGGAAUGUGGUAGUUAACAUAAACAGUCACUUUUUCUUUCCUAGAAAAACAAAGCAAAGCUUGGCAGAUCAGGUUUUUUUAGAUUCCACCCAUGAGGUGGUGGAGUUGGUUUUUUUUCUUGCCUCGUGUGUGAACUUAAACAUGAUUUAAGAUUUUGAUACUUUGGUUGAGACCAGGCCUGAAUCUGACAUAUUCCUCUUUUAGUACCUCCAAAAUGAAGUAGGAACUUAAUGUUCUUAUCUUCAAUCUAGUACAUUGUCUUAAAAUUCAGGUGAAUUUCUUUGAUAGCAAUUACUGUUCCACAGUACUGGGAAUACAUGUGUAAGCUAAGGCUACAAAUCAGUUCCUUCCUCCGCUAGCUAGUUCUAGAGGAAGCUGUUUGUUUCUCUUCCUAGUUCAGACAAUGUAAGAUUAGUCGGUCUUGUUCCUGUGGCAUUGGUGUUGCAGGCAAACAGAUGACUUCCCAAGCUCAAAUUUGAGUAAGCUAAACCUUUGGGUUUUAAAUAAAAAUCAAAUACCUAAAUUGUAAACAGUGUUUUAUAUGUUCAAAACAUGGUAUAAUUCAUAACCAGUGCCAGCACGUGAAUCUUUAGAAGUUACCCUAGUAUUGUCUUACUCUGGAACUUACGUUUUCAAACAAAACAUUAUUUAGAGAGUAAGGAGAAUAAUCCUGGGUUUGUCUUGUACAAUGGUCUGGCACUACUUACUUACCUCAUGCUUGUGAGACUUGAGUGGGAACUUUAGGCAGGUGGUGAAGGCCAGAUCAAAUCUCAAGCUUAGGUUUAAAGUCUCAUAUGCACUUCAACAGGCAUUUUUAAUGUGGUGGCCAUACCAAAACAAAGCGAGACUCCUUACCUGGUACAAGCUGUGGGAGGUGGGGGGGUGUGUGGGCUGGUGCCUACUUUCCACUGCAAUGCUUUGUAAUUAGAAAUUUAAACUUAGUACUUUGCCAAAAGACUCCCCCUCCAUUCUGGGGCUUCUCUUCUGGACUUGGUUUGUACCUCUAAAAUACACUUCAGGUGUUUAGAAGCAGAGUUAGGGAGAGCCAUGUGUUCUGGUAUCUCCACUUUAGUUUCAUGGUGCAACUACACAAUGUAAAGGAAAGCUCCGUAUAGAUGACACUGUUUCAAGAGUGUCUCAGUAUAUUGCGUAGCUGUCUGCUGCUCGCAGGCGAUGAGCGGAGACAAGAGAAAGCUGAGAGUAAUCUUCAUUCUGCCACACUACUUGGUCCCAUAGUAAACUGACAUGAUCUAGCAGUAAUGACUACCAUUACAACCUAUAGAUUAAAGAGUAACCUAAACUAUUUCUGUAGCAUGUCACGUAUUCACAAUAUGUGAAUUGAAAAGUACCAAUACUUUUUGUGCACAGACUAUAAAAUGAGACUAUGGGGGGGAACAAUUAAGUUUGCUCAUUUGCAACACGUUGAUUUCCAUGUGCUUAAAAAUGUUCGUAGGCUGGAGUCUGAGGCUGGAACAAGUACACACCUGCAAUAAAUCACUAUUUCUAGUCAACAGACCUAUGGUUUUAAAGAGGAAAAUACUGUAAGUGUGUACUCCUUUUAUAACUUUCUCUGGUCAGCUGUUGGCUUAAAAUACUCAGAGUAGCCCCAGGUUAUUGUCAAGGCAGAUCUUUAAAAAAAAAAAAAAAAGAGCUGAAGCAUUUUAUUAUCUGAAUGUUCUUUAGCUGUUCAGGUAAGUAAUUUUCAAGGCACAAUGGAGCACAAAAGGGAAAAUGCUAGAUCUGGCCUUGUUUGGGAGGGGAGGGUAGUGGGGGGAAAUGACACCUUUGUUUUAAAUUCCCUGUCUUUUCUAAAGUUCUCCAACUUUAAAGUUAACUUCUUUUUAUGAUUAGAGCAAAGAUGCAAGCUAGAAAUCUAUCCAGAUCUUGCCAGGUACUUCUCAACUUGGCUUCAAACAGGUAAUGUUUCAUAAAACUUGGUAUGUUCUUGGGAGUCUGUGUCUAGUUGUAUACUCUUACACUGCUAAGUGAUGCUCCCACCCAAAAUCAGUUUUGAAGGCUUCCUUAGCAGGAAACCAGGACUCGUACAAUUAGCUGUAGUUUGGGGGAGAUGGUGUAGACCCAAAUGGGGAGGGGAGUAGAGAAAGGGGAAUGAACAUUUUUAAAAAAAAAAAAAAAAAAAUCAGGAUUUACUGACCAACAGACAAACUACUGUAACUCAAGGGGGAGGAGGAAAAAUGCACUUUCAAUAGUUUGUCCAUGGUUUUAGCUACAAAAUACACUUGUAUCUAAUUUUUUUGAGACAACUAUUAAGAGGAACACCCAUCCCAUAAAUGGCUAAUCCUCCUUUUGACCUCCUCCUGUCUUUUGCCACAUUGGCUUGAGUCCAUUUUCAGCUGCCAUACUUAAUUUUGAAAACUGCUACUUUUAAUGAUGUUUAGAAAGAAAAAAAAUACCCAUUAACUCUUGACACUUUUUUUAAACAGGGUGGACUUAAUUGAAGUGUGCAGUGUUGAACUACUGCUGCAGUAGCUGCCUCUAGUUGUUGAAAUAAACUGUAGACAAGUUUUCUGUCUAUGAAUCCGGAUAAUCUGGAUUCAGUAAAACGUCUGUGAGAGUGUUCCUCCCAUCUGGUAUGAAUGUGCGUGUGCGUGUGUUCCAUAAACAGACAGAGAACCAAAUGUUCUAGGUACUUGUCAUGUUUUCUUGCAUACUUUAAGUUGUGUGUAUGUGAAGUGUCCUUUGACCGGAAGGUUUUGGUUAAUAUCAGUAUAUUUUUAUAAAUUUGAAAUUCAUUGUGCCCCAUCUUUUUUCUUAAACAUUUUUUUUGUUUUCAUUGUUAGGGUAUAUGUGCUAGAUUUGAAUCUUAACAUUUUUAGGCACAGAUGGAAAAAGUUAUUGGCUCCUUGAAAACACAUGGGACAAAAUGGAUCCUCAAAGCAUGUAUGUACUUACAAACCAAGCUGUAGAGAUCAAGAAAAGAACUUUAUUGUUGAUCUCAAGAUUUCUAAAUUGUCAAGAUUUAUAUGGAGUAGUGGUGGAACUAGUUAACACUUAGAGCUUUUGGUAUGUAAUGACUAUUUGCUAUGGACUGAUAUUAAAUGUUUCAAAGGAUUGCGUUCUUAAACUUUCUGGAUUUUUGUUACUCUCCUCGGAUUAUAUUAAGUAGUUAAAAAUUUCUUUGCUAUAUUACAUUAAAAACAUAAGAACUUUGGGUCUCGUAUUUAUUUUCACUUGUUUUACUAAUUAUUUACAGAACACCGUUUUAACUUUUUUAUUUUAUAAAUGUGUAGUAUUUUAAACAUAUCUUUAAAAAUUGUUCAAUUGGAACUACAUUAACUUCUGAUUUGUUUUUAUUAGGAUUUUUAAAAAAACAAAAUACACUUUUUCCAUGUUGGUGCACAGCACUUAACAGAAAUGUUUGUAUUCCCUUUCUUUCAAUUCAAUAAACAGAAUAAAUAACUGGAA